AUGAGUUGGAGGAGAAAGAAGAUGGGGAAAGUCACUGAACCACAAAGAUUGUUUAUGGAGAACGGAAGCAUCUUACAAGAAGAGCUCAUCAAAUGUUGCAAUGGUAAAACAAAUCCCAUUACAACUUAUUCUGCUAACCAAAUCCUUGAAGCCACAAAAAACUUCAACCAAAGUAAUCUUGUUGGUAAAGAUGAUUGUGAUUACCAUUACUACCGAGGAACACUCGAUGAUGAUCAUCAUAGACUAGUGGUUGUUAAGAAAAAAAAAGCAUACGGAGGGAGUUCUGUAAGGAAGAUUUGCAGAGACAUCUCAGUUUCAUCAAUGGUGAGUGGUCACAAGAACUUCCUCAAGCUGUUGGGAUGCUGUCUUGAAUUCCCUUGUCCUGUCCUAGUAUGUGAAUAUGCAGAGAGCAUAACUGUGAAUGCUCAUCACCAAAUCGAUCCAACGCUGACAUGGAAUACGAGGUUAAAGAUAGCAAGAGACAUCUCUAACUCAUUAGCCUACCUUCACACCGCAUUUUCGACAACAUUUAUUCAUAGGAAUGUUCAUCCUCGUAACGUAUUCUUGGAUGUGAAAGGAGUUGCAAAGCUUGGAGAUUUUCGCAACUGCGUUACCAUUCCACAAGGAGAAUCCUUUGUACGAGAGUAUAAACUAGAGGGAACGUACGGGUACUUGGAUCCUAUAUAUAUGUCAAAGGGGAUGAUCACAGAGAAUGUUGACGUGUACAGCUUUGGAGUGUUCAUGUUAGUUCUCUUGAGCAGAAGAACUCCAGGUUUGGACGAUGAACUACAUCCAGAUUUUCUGACUAGGCUUGUGGAAGAUGGUAGAUUCUCUGAGGUCUUAGAUCCAGUUAUGUUGGAAAACAUAGGUGACUUUGCAGAAGGAGAGCUAUGUCGGAUGGAAGCUUUUUUCAUACUUUCACUCAGAUGCAUUGGUCUUAGAGGGGAAGUUCCAGAGAUGAUGGAAGUGGCCAAGGAACUAAAGAGGAUUGAGAGAUCCUAG